AUGACUAGAGUUAUAAACUUCGGAGCUGGCCCAUCUGCCCUCCCACAAUCGGUCCUCGAAGAAGCAGCCAAGGGCUUGCUCAACUUCCAUGGCACAGGGAUCGGUGUAGCUGAAAUUUCCCAUCGGUCGAAGGCCUUCACAGGAUUUCUGACCAGCCUUGAGUCGUUAAUCCGUACACAACUCGAUGUGCCAGCCACUCAUUCAAUUCUGUUCACUCAAGGCGGCGGCACUGGCCAAUUUUCCGCCGUCGUCUUGAAUUUACUGGCCCGACACCGUCUGCUGCAUCCUGAUCUAACCGACGCGGAGCGCCACCUGGACUAUGUGAUCACAGGGUCCUGGAGCAAGAAAGGUGCAGAUGAAGCGAAGCGGCUCGGAGGGGGCACAGUUAACAUCGCCGUCGAUUCUCGUCCUUACUCAAAGGAUGGGAAAUCAUUUGACAACAUCCCCACUCAUGACCGCUACUCUUUCUCACCCGAUCCUGCGUUGAUCUACUACUGCGAAAACGAAACUGUGGAUGGCGUGCAGUUCGGGUACGAAGAAGGGGACCAGACGUCGUUCCCCUUCGAGUUGUUUCCGCAGGGCACUUUGCUGCCGCUGGUGGCGGAUUACUCGUCCUCGUUUAUGAGUCGCCCCAUCCCGCGUCUCGCAGACCACGCGGUGAUCUACGCCGGAGCACAGAAAAACAUUGGCCCAGCGGGGCUUACUAUCCUCAUCGUUCGUCAGGACUGCCUCGUCGAUGUAGAUGCUGCUGCGAAACUCGGCGCCGUCCCUGUGCCGUUGUCAAUGUCGUACAAGGUAUUGGCAGACGCCAAGAGCUUGUAUAACACUCCUUCAGUAUUACCUAUCUACAUUGCUGGACUAGUCCUCGAAAGGAUGAAGGAGAACGGCGGAAUGCCGUAUUACGAAGACGUCAACAGACGAAAGGCUGAGAAAGUCUACGCCGCGUUGAAACGGGGUGAAGCAAAGGGUGUCAUGCAAUCCAAAGUCAAGGAAGGCGGCGGGCGUAGUUGGAUGAAUGUCGUGUUUGACAUCGUCGGUGGUCCCGAUGCCCUCAGUAAAUUCAUCUCUGGAGCCGAAGCGAAGGGGCUGCAUGAAUUGAAAGGACAUCGUUCAGUUGGAGGAGUUCGGGCAUCACUAUACAACGCCAUCACAGAAGAUCAAGUAGAUCAACUGGUAGCUUACAUGGACGAGUUCACGAAUGCGAAUUGA